CCCGUAUGCAUUUCUCACCUCACAAAUUUAAAUAGUUUUCACAUGGACGGAGACGUCAUCCCUUCGUUGCUUUCUUCUCCGCAAACGACCUUUUUUCCUUCUCCGUGAUUUACUCCUACGCCCACCUUCAACUCCUCCGUACGGUGGCUGUUAUUGUAAGUCCGCCACCGUCAGACAACACGAACACCUCUCUCUCUCUCUCUCUCCCACACACACACACAUGCUUCAUCAUUUACUCAUCACCACAACACAAUUAUAGGCACAUGAUUCAAUCAUUUUCCAGAGAUCCAAGCUUUUUGGAGGCUCAAUUUACAGAUAUUGAUCUGAAGAAACACAAUCCCUUUGAUGAAUGUCUAGAUGAAUUUGAGACUGUUUAUUUGAAGUUUCAAGGAUGAAAGCAAUCUUUUACGGACUGAGGAAUAAUCAUGUCUAUCUCGUCCUCAUUACUCUUGUCUGUGGAACCGUUGUUUUAUGGGCAUGGGAGAAAACCCCAUUUCUCACCACCGUACUUCCGCCUCAGGAUCAUGUUAUGCGGCUGUCUCCAGUGAUACCAGAUGAUAAAAUAGAAGAGAAGCAAGUUUCAGUAGGAGGAGACAUUUCAGAACAAUCGGAAAAAGUGAUGCCAGAUGACAAAAUAAAAGAGAAGCAAGUUUCAGUAGGAGAAAACAUUUCAGAUCACUUGGAAAAAGAUGAUAAAAUAAAAGAAAAGCAAGUUUCAGUAGGAGAAAACAUUUUAGAACAAUCGAAAAAAGGUGUGGAUAUAGCAGUAGUGAAUGCCACUAACACAAGCUCUUCUGUGGUGGAGGAAGGGAAUACAAAUUUAACCACUCUUCUGGACAAAGAACAUGAAAUUUCCCCAAGUACGAAAGAAGUCUCAGAUGUUGAACAAGUUUCAGAACAAAAGAAUAGUUCAAAACAAGGAGAAAAGAAGAACCUAGUGGCACCAUCGAGUUCUGUGAGGACAGAUUCUUCCGUUAGAGGAGAAGACAAUAACAAUUUGACGUCUCAUGUGGAAAAACAAGCCUGUAGCUAUGCCAAAGGAAAAUGGGUCACAGAUGAUGGUCGACCUUUGUAUUCUGGAUUUGGCUGUAAACAAUGGCUGUCAUCAAUGUGGUCAUGCCGCCUGACACAGCGCCAGGAUUUUCAGUAUGAGAAAUUACGGUGGCAACCUAAAGAUUGCAAAAUGGAAGAUUUUACAGGCUCAAAAUUCCUUAGUAGGAUGAAGGAUAAAACUCUAGCUUUUGUUGGGGAUUCGUUGGGACGACAGCAGUUUCAGUCAGUAAUGUGCAUGAUCACAGGUGGUGAGCAGAGGACUGAUGUUAUAAAUGUUGGAAAGGAGUAUGGUCUUGUCAAAGGUCGUGGGGCCAUUCGUCCUGAUGGAUGGGCUUAUCGGUUCCCAAACACCAAUACUACCAUACUUUAUUAUUGGUCUGCAAGCCUGUGUGACUUGGUGCCCCUUGAUAUAACUAACCGUUCGACUGAUGUUGCCAUGCACCUUGAUCGGCCACCAGCAUUUUUGCGCCAUUACCUUCACAAAUUUGAUGUCCUUGUUCUCAAUACCGGGCACCAUUGGAAUAGAGGGAAGCUUAAGGCUAACCGUUGGGUCAUGUAUGUUGGGGGUGUUCCUAAUACUGAUAGAAAAAUUGCAGAUAUCCCAGGCGCCAGAAACUUGACAGUUCACAGCAUCAUCAAGUGGGUGAACUCGCAACUACCAAGAUAUCCAGGAUUAAAAGCAUUUUACCGGUCUAUUUCACCGAGGCAUUUCUUUAAUGGAGAUUGGGACACUGGAGGUACGUGUGACAAUACCAGUGCGAACGCUGCUGGGAUGGAAGUUUUACAAGAGGAAUCUAGCGAUGAUCUUGCUGCAAGGGCAGUGAAGGGAACAUCGGUUAAGCUCUUGGAUAUAACAGCUUUGUCUCAGCUGAGAGACGAGGGUCAUAUAUCUCGAUACAGCAUAAAAGCCACGCCAGGUGCACAGGAUUGCUUGCAUUGGUGCUUACCUGGUGUUCCAGAUACAUGGAAUGAAAUCCUUUUUGCACAGCUGUAGUAGUCGACCAACAGAACUCUCUGUUCCUUGAAAAGAACACUAGGCAUGGAAAUUGGAAUGAAAGCUACUACCAGUUUGCCAGAUUGACAUUCUUUUUUUACAAGUGCAUUCAUUGACACACAGUGCAGGAAGAUGACAUUGGAGUUUGCUUUUCACAUUCUUUUGGGAAAAGAGCGGCAAUAAAUUAUAUAUAAAUCGUUGGUAGGAUUCUUGUAUAUUGAGUUAGGUGCCCAGAUUGCUUAUGGUCUUCCCUUAUACUCACCUUCCUGAGAUUUGAAAAAAAUACCAGUUAGUUCUAUACUUUUGACAUAACUAUAAUGAAUUUUAUUUUAUUUUAUUUUAUUU